GCGGCGGCGGCAGUCCCGACCCACAGCCUGGCACUCCGGCGGGCGCCGUGCGCCGCGCCCGAGUCCAAUCAGCAGCGCGGGCCGCGGCUUUCCGGCCGCCAGGCGCCUCCUCCGCUCUUAUUCCCGGCCGCGCCGCGCCGCCCGGACUCCCCGCGCCCGGCUCCUCCGCCCGCGCCGCGCUCCUCCGCCCGGAUCCCCGCCGCCGAGGUUCGCCCUCCGCCCGGAUCCCCGCCCGCGCCGCGCUCCUCCGCCCGGAUCCCCGCCGCCGAGCCUCGAACCCGGACCCGAGCGAGCCAGGCCGCAGCCGCGCCGGACGGUGGAUGGCCCUGACUGACGGCGGCUGGUGCCCGGCCAAGCGUUUCGGGGCCUCCUCCGCCGCGGACGCCGGCGACCCCGGGGCCUUCCCGGCGGCGGCGGCGCGGGAGCCGUCCUCGCCGCCCUCCCCCGGCUCGUCGCCGUCGCCGUCGUCCUCCUGCUCCCGGGGCGGAGGGGAGCGCGCCGCGGACGCCGCCCCCGAGGCGGUGGCGGGGCCCCCGGGCCGCCCGCUCCUGCUGGGCGCCUACGCCUCCCCGCACCCGUUCCCGCCGGCGCCCGGGGUGGCCGGGCCGGGGGCCGCCCUGCCGGCCUGGGACGACCUGCUGCUGUUCGCCGACCUGGACCAGGCGGCCGCCACGGCCGGCAAGCUGCUGUGGUCGGGCCGGGGCGCCAAGCUCGGCCCGUUCGCGCCCGAGCAGCCCGAGGACAUGUACCCGACGCUGGCGGCGCUGGCCAGCCCGGGCCCCCCGGCCGCCUACGACGGCGCGCCCGGCGGCUUCGUGCCCUCGCCGCCCGUCUACGUGCCCACGACGCGCGUGGGCUCCGUGCUGCCCGGCCUGCCCUACCUGCAGGGGGCGGCCGGCGGCCCCGGCGGGCACGCGGGGGGCGCGGCCGCCCAUCGCGUCCCCCGGGCGCCCGACGUCCCUGAGGUUUCCGGCAGGUCCCGGGAGACCCCGCCGUGGGGGACAGCGGCCCGGGACCUGGGGCCCCGGAAGCCCGCGCCCCGGGGUGCGCGGGGCGGCGAGCUCACCGGCCCCGGCCUUGCUGUCCCCGCAGAGCUGCUGGAGGACCUCUCCGAGAGCCGCGAGUGCGUCAACUGCGGCUCCAUCCAGACGCCGCUGUGGAGGCGGGACGGCACCGGCCAUUACCUCUGCAACGCCUGCGGCCUCUACAGCAAGAUGAACGGCCUCAGCAGGCCCCUCAUCAAGCCGCAGAAGCGCGUGCCAUCCUCACGGCGGCUUGGAUUGUCCUGUGCCAACUGCCACACCACGACCACUACCUUAUGGCGCAGGAACGCCGAGGGUGAACCUGUGUGCAAUGCUUGCGGACUCUACAUGAAACUCCACGGGGUGCCUCGACCACUUGCUAUGAAAAAAGAAGGAAUUCAAACCAGGAAACGAAAACCUAAAAACAUAAAUAAGUCAAAGUCUUGCUCCGGCAACAGCAGUAGCUCUGUUUCUAUGACUCCAACUUCCUCUUCUUCUAAUUCAGAUGACUGCGCCAAAAAUACGUCUCCUUCCACACAGCCAACUGCCACAGGGGGGGGCCCUUCGGUGAUGUCUGCAGUGGGCGAAAGCACCAACCCCGAGAACAGUGACCUCAAGUAUUCAGGUCAAGAUGGCCUCUACAUAGGCGUCAGUCUGUCCUCCCCCGCCGAAGUCACAUCCUCUGUGCGACAGGAUUCAUCUUGGUGUGCCCUGGCCUUGGCCUGAGCUGGUGCUGCCAAGAGGCCAGGGGCUCUGUGGGCCUCAGACCACUUGUAUCUGAUUCUGUCCAGCAGUCCAGAUGGCAACAAAAACGCAGACAUGACAUUCCUUCGAUGCGUGAUUCUGUGCCUUUGUUCUGAAAGAGAUAUAUAUCCCAAGAAGCUUUACUGAAGUAAGAAGAGAUGGGCUUUUUUGCAGGCAGGUGGCCUGUUCCCGCCAGCCUGGGCCCUUUCCCGUCAGCCUGCUUGAGGAUCUGCCCCACACCAGUGGGAGAAACUGUGGCAGUGACUGGGGCCUUGUCUGCCAAGGAAGACUGAGAGAUUUAAAAAAAAAAAAUGUUUUAUGCAUUUUGACCCAAAUCAUGGGCUUCUUGUGAUCAACCUUGGUUAUCCCAGAGUUUCUUCAAACCUGGUGGAUCUUUGUGCACAUUUCACAAGCAUUCGCGGAGAGGCUCAUUGGAAGCCAUUUGGACCAUCGUGGAGGCCGCGUGCGUUGCUGGGGUCUCGACAAGAAUAUAUUAGUCUGCAAGAUCGCAUUAUGACAGACACUGACUUUUCUCAACGUUCGUUGUGCCGUGGCUCAUCUGAGGUCACUCGGAAUUUGUAAACAGGGUAGCAAACAAGAUAUUUUUCUUCCAUGUACACAAUAAUUUUUUUAAGUGCAAUUUGCGUUGCAGCAAUCAGUGUUAAAUCAUUUGCAUAAGAUUUAACAGCAUUUUUAUAAUGAAUGUAAACAUUUUAACUUAAUGGUACUUAAAAUAAUUUAAAAAAAAAUGUUAACUUAGACAUAUGCUUCUUAUACCCACAAGCCCAUUUCUGUAUUUCCAAUUGUUUAAAAAAAAAAAAAAGAUUUCAAGAACAAAUCUUCUCUCAGGAAAAUUGCCUUUUGUCCAUUUAUGAAUUUUUAUACAAGAACACCAACACAGCCCCCUUUCUUUUACUGAGGAAAAAGUGCUGGAAAUUGCAACAAACCUUUACUACCUAAAGAAUAGCAUUUGUAAAUACUCUGAGCAUCUGUAAACACUCUUGAGGUCUGUACCGUGUGACUAACCCACAGGUUGGUUUACAUUAUUAUUUUUUUUAAUGGGGUGUCGUAUGGAAACCUAUUUCACCAGAGUUUUAAAAAAAUAAAAGGGUAUUGUUUUGUGUUGUGUACAGUGA